UUUCAACCUUUGUUUGCGGUCGAGGUGGCCAUUCUCACCAGGGCUCACUGCUGAGUUAUCUCAUGAAUAUAUAAAUAAUGGAAUCUCCCCGGAUCUGAACAUUGAAGAUAUUCCUUUAUUUUGGCUGAUCGUGAAGACUCUCCUGAACAUGAUCCGAGCUCCCCUUUCAAAGCACCACCAACCAAUGCAUUCAAAGUGCGCAGAGGAUCUAUGAAGGCCCUUAAACCAGUUCGAGUACAGUUUGGGAAAUAGUCUCCUUUGCUAAUACACGGGUACUGCGGCAUUUCACAUAAAGCUUCAAAGCUUGGUUAGACGUCGAAAUCCAAACGCCAUGGGACGCCGAACGCGGGUAUCAUUGGUGGCGUUAAUCGCAUCCGCGGCCGUUGGCGCAUUGGGUGAGAAACCCUUUCGCGUUCAGGAUGAUGUUCUUGGAUUCCCACAAUAUGAGAUACAGUUUCCAGACGAAUACAUCCUAGCCGACGACGCCUAUUCGCGAUUGUCAACACCUCUGGCUUCUAAACCCCGUGUCGCAACCUCGCCCUCGCCGUCCCAACAGCCCACCCCUUCGGCUGUUGGUCAGGAUGACUACACCGGGCUAUCGCAGCAAAUAUUAUCACGGGAUGACGAUAAAGUAGAAGAUGAUGCUGGCUCAUUUUCGUCGACAGAGAUCGAUGAUUCCAUAGAAGCAUACAAAGAAAUGGUUAUAGGGGGCCAAAGAUUUCUUUGUGGCAUUCCUAAGACCAAACUCUCCGAUGGUAGUGCUAGUGCUGGGACUCGAUCUGCUGCCGACCAAGAAAAGGAACUGGCGAGGGCGACAAACAGGGGGCUAGAAUUACUUCAGGACAUGGAAGGGCGUUGUAUGUAUUAUGCUGCUGGCUGGUGGUCAUAUUCCUUUUGCUACAUGAACCAGGUUCGCCAAUUUCAUGCCCUAUUACCCGGCAAUGGCGCUCCGGUUUACCCUCCUACAGAGGACCCAACCACACAAUCGUAUAUCCUCGGCAGAUUCCGCACAGAUAAGGAGGGUGCAAAAACAAGCGCUGUAAAUCCACCUACAACCGAAGUUGCGACGCACCAAGCCGACGGAGAUUCCUGGUACCUUGUUCAGUACCUCGAUGACGGCACACCCUGCGAUCUCACGGGACGGAAUCGAAAGAUUGAAGUCCAGUUUCAUUGCCACCCACAAUCGACAGACCACAUUGGUUGGAUCAAGGAGGUUACGACUUGUUCGUACUUGAUGGUGAUUUACACUCCUCGUCUCUGCAACGAUGUUGCCUUCCAACCUCCAAGAGAAGAUGAACCCAACGGCAUCAAAUGCAAAGAAAUCAUUUCCCAUGGGCUGGUCCCUGAGUGGGAGGAUAGACGGAGGCUUCGAUUACAGCAAGAACUUAGUGACUCCACAUCUGACUCCCUGCCAAUUGUGGGGGAUAUCGAGGUUGGUGCAAUGAAGUUUGUGGGUAAAGAUGGAAAGAAAAUCGAAAAGGGUCGAGUUGCAUCCAUGGGCGAAGAGAAAGUUGAAGUCGUUGCAAUUAGUGAAGGUGGCGAAAUACAGCGAUUGUCCAAAGAAGAAUUGAAAAAAUACAACCUAGAUCCAGAGAAAAUCGAGGCACUUAAAAAACAGUUGGAGGAACUUGCCAAUGGGAAAGACUGGAAAAUGGAGAUGAUCGAUGCCAAUGGACAAAGGGGGCUCCGUGGAGUCAUCGAAGCAGAUGAGGAGCAUAAUGGUGCGCAGACACCAAACAAGAACAAAGAGAAGCAAAGAGGAGCUCGGAAACAGGAAAAGCAGGAAAAGCAGGAAAAAGGGCUGGCCAAAGCGGAGAAUGGCCCUGUUGAAGAAGGGAGCGACGAGACAUACAAGGAAGAACUGUAA